UUUCUGUCCGCAUUAGCAGUUAGUUUAGUGCAAUGAAAACAGAAACUGUCCUUAACUUAAUGGCACCCCUGAGAUGAAUUAAAAAUAAACAUUUCCCAGAUAACUCCGUCUCCAAAUUCUCGUAAAUCGACUCAAGCGAUAUCUCCAUAAAAUUUUACCUAGUAAACUGUUAAUUUCAUCUUACUAUCAAAAGACUAAUAUGUGUAUGUUGAAAAUAAAGUAAAGUGAACACAUGAACGUAAAAUAAUAAAGAUGAUUCACUCACGAGUAUUGAAAUUCAUUCAUUAUAAACAUCUGUAAUAAAUUAAAGUUCAAGGACAAAUAUUUACUAUCAAUAAUGGAUAAUGUAACAGGAAUAUUAAGAGCCAUCUGCACUGGUUUCACAGAUAGCCUUAAGGGUGCUAUGGUACUUUUUUACAUGGAUAAACGUAUUAAUGAAAGACUUCGAGCAUCGCCAAGUGGAAUCGAUAGAAGAAGUACUAAUUCUAGUCCAAAAGUAGCAUUGAAAGGACAAAGAGAAUCGAAGAUAUUGAAGAGGACAAUUCAAUGCUGCGCUUUGAAUGGCGGGGUUUUCUGGGCUAGCAUUCUUAUUUUCGAGUGUGGAUUAUUGCCACUUUUGAAACAUUUUUUAACGAUCAUUUUUGGACAUUCACCCGGUAUGGGUAUGACGGUGUGGUCAUGGACACAGCCAUUUUUAUCGCUGACGUUUGGUACUGUCUGGGUUCUACCACUUUUUUUAUUGAGUAGAAUAGUUAACAGCUUAUGGUUUCAGGAUAUAGCUGACAGUGCAUACAGAUACAGACAAGGAAGACCUCUUUUGCUAUCGAGUGUUAGCAAAUUAAUAGCUGAUACACUCUUCAGUAUUCUCGUUCAGGCUUUAUUCCUUGGUCAGGGUAUGCUCGUAUCGAGGAUACCAUUGCCACCAAUUGGCGAUCUGCUUGCGUUAAUACACAUGUGUCUGUUGUAUGCGCUCUAUGCAUUCGAAUAUAAGUGGUUUAAUAUGGGAUGGGAGCUACAUAGACGUCUAACAUUCAUCGAAGCUAAUUGGCCGUAUUUCGUUGGAUUUGGCCUACCAUUAGCUCUUUUAACACAGCUACCAAAUUCUCAUGUUAUAAGUGGUUGCGUAUUUUCUAUUUUAUUUCCACUAUUUAUUGUUAGUGGAAAUGAGGCUCAACCAGUAACGGGAACUUGUGACUUCCCACUAAAAUUAUUUUCUCCUGUUAUUGCCAUUGCCAAUACCCUCUUCAAUAAAACAAUCGGGCCAGUACAGCAUCGGCGAAUUCUGGAUUAAAUUCUGAAUGGUUGGCUGAGAAAUACCGAAGAAAUGUCCACCUUUCGGCAGUAUAUUACAGAGUAUUGGAG